AUGGAGUACCAGCACCCGCAACCCGUCCAGCCGCUCGGCCCGCCGGCGCCGCCGCCGCAACUGCUGCCGCCCGCGCCGCCGCCGCCCCUGCCCACGCUGCCCCAGCUGCAGCACGGCCACGUGCAGGACGACGACCGCUGGAGCCAGUACCACAUCUGGAGGCAGCACGUAUUCGUGAACGGUCAGUGUUCGCAGCCAGCCGGCGGGCGGGUCGCGCUCGCGCACUUUCUCCAGCGUACGCCGUCCGCGGCCGCCCCCAAAGAGAAAGUGCGCGACCGUACCCUGACAACGCGCCUCCAGCGGAAGUUUUCGGCGGUGGACGGAGCUGGCGGGCAUCGCUCGUUUCGGCAGGCGGGCAGCCCGUUAUUUCUUGUGAUCAAUUCGAGCGUGGCCGCGCACUUUCACUCCGAAUAUUUGGGAAAAAGUGUCGACCUUUUCGCGACUUUCACCCCGCCCGCCCCGCGCCCCGCCCCC